CUGCGAUGUUAAAAGAGGUCGUUUUUCUCAAGUGUUUUCAGCCUCCCCUCUCUUUUACAAUCGGCACACCGGUUUCCCAAAGCAGAUAUGCAGUCCUCCGGCCCUCCAGUUUUGGAAAUUCGAAAAACAUAUAAAAUGGCCAUACUACUGGGGAUCACAGAAUCCUGGAUUUUUCUCUCCUUCGUCGGCACCGCCAAUAGCAGCAGAAUAUAAACUUUUUUUCUGCUUUUGUCGUAACAUGUGGAAAGUAACCGAUAGCUUUCACGGCAAAAGCCUGGUAAUUGCUAUCAAUGUCGCCUGUGGAUUCAGUAUUUUUGCAUUUGGUUAUGAUCAAGGCUUGAUGGCCGGUGUCAACGUCACAGACAGUUACUUGGAUCUCAUGGGCCUUCGCGAAAAUGAAACAAUGAGAGGUGGUGUUGUCGCUUCUUAUUACUGCGGCUCGCUUCUUGGCUCGUUCGUCGGUGGAUGGACGGGUGACAAGCUCGGAAGAGUGAAAUGCAUAAUUCUCGGCUGUCUCUGGGGUAUUGUAGGCGCUGCUCUUCAGACUGCCGCAAUGAAUGUUCCAUGGAUGAUUUGCGCACGCAUCAUCACUGGUGUUGCCACUGGUUAUUUAAACACUAUUGUUCCCGUAUGGAGUGCUGAGACUUCACACGCUACAUCAAGAGGCAUGUUCAUUGCUAUGGAGUUUACAUUGAAUAUUUUUGGUGUCGUCGUUGCGUACUGGCUGGCGUUUGGCAUGUCGUUCGCGGACCAGUCUAAUAGCGUUACUUGGCGUUUCCCAGUUGCAUUCCAGAUGCUUCCGCAGAUCAUCCUCCUUGCUAUGGUUUUCUUCUUUCCCGAAUCGCCUCGAUGGCUUCUCAAAAACGGCCGCGAGAAAGAAUGUAUGGAGGUCCUGGGAGCUCUCCGUGGUGACGGCGAUAUAAAACAUCCUGAGGUUAUCCGAGAAUUCAAGGAAAUUGACGAAACGCUUCGUUUGGAAAAAGACGAAGGUGGCGAGCCUAGCUUUUACAAGAUGAUGUUUGAAAGGGACCAGUUGAAUAUUCCUCGACGUGUUCAUCUUACGGUGUGGCUUCAGAUCAUUCAGCAGCUUGUUGGAAUCGGUGUGAUUACCAUCUAUGCACCGGAAGUAUUUAUCAAUAGCGCAGGAUUUUCAAGGUUUGUCUCACAGCUUUUGUCCGGUAUUAACAAUAUUACCUACAUGUUUAGUACUCUGGUAGCUGUAUUUACCUUGGAUAGAUGGGGUCGUCGGUUCACCAUGUUCUAUGGAGCCGUUGGCCAAGGCAUCGCAUUAUUGAUGGUUGCCAUCUUGACGAAACCUAAUAUCAUCAGCCAAGAUCCCCUGGGCUACGGCAUUGGUACCACCGUCUUCGUUUUUGUUUACACCGCACUGUUUGGCAUGACUUGGCUUACGGUGACCUGGUUAUAUCCUGUGGAAAUCUACCCUCUCCGUGUGCGAGCUCGUGGUGGUGCAUGGAGCACCAUCGGCUGGUCCAUUGGAAACGGUCUGGUGACUUUAUCUACACCGCCUCUGUUGGCCAGAAUUGGAUGGGCUACCUUUUUGUUAUACGCCGGCUUUAACUUUGCUUCUAUCCCUGUGAUCUGGGCCCUCUACCCAGAGACUGCGAACCUUACUCUCGAAGAAUUGGACGUCAUCUUCAGUACAAAAGCUACGCUUGUCAAGAGUGCCGAAAAGGAGCUACGUGCACGGGGUAUUGAUCCCAAGGAUCCUUUGGCUCAUAUUCGCAACGGAAACAAUGGCACGGACAGCGGUUCAUCGGGCAAUCAGCAAGGGCAUGAGAAACAGGAAAUCCCAGCGGAUGAGAAAGCUUAAAGCCGCUGCAAGUCCUGCCUUUAAAAACACAUUCUACUAAGCACUAUCAGCUCUUAUUUUUGUCAACCUACCGUAUACUUUGUCUUUCUUGCAUUUUUAAUUACCACUAUUUUUUAUAUCUCAAUAACUACUUUCACUUUCUUGUUUUAUGCACACAUCCCCAAAUAAACAACAUUGCUUUCGUACAUUUCGUAGCAAGAUUAUACUAUGAUUCUUAUCUUUCAAAUAAAUGUGACAUCGGGCAUUA